UCGACCAAAUAAUUUGGGACUCGGGGAGAUCUGGCAGUUGACACGAAUGUCAGCCUGUUGAAAGGUUAAACGCAGCUUUACUUUUUUGCCAGCCAUUUUCUUCUCUUUCCCCUCGUCCCGGAGCAGCAGGACGAGGAGGAGGAGGAGGAGGGAAGCCAGCAGUUGCGUCCCGUGGCCGCUGGGGCGUGAAACUCGACACCGCGCGCACGGGGCCCCCCCCCCGGUUUUAAAAGGGAAAGCGAUGGGAGGCAGGCUCCUUACACCGUCAGCACCGAGCGAGCGAGCGGGCGGACCGGCACCGGCAGCGGCAGCGGCAGCGGCAGCGGCAGGCACCCACUCCCUCCCUCGAUCCGGACCAGCCUCAAUGAAUGAAGCACCGGGGAAUAUCCACACGCACACGCCAGCGGGGGAGCCACGCGGAUCGGACGUCGGCCUCGACGGGCUCUAGUCAACAUGCGCUUUCCCUCCCGGAGCUUCAGCCCGAGCUGCGCCCACGCGUGACUGACCGGCCGCCGGUGCGUCUUCUUCAUGCCCGCCCUUGCCGAAGAGUCACGCUGUGAUUGACGGAUCCGGUUUUUGACUGCCAGGACAAAUGAAUACAAAUGAAUUUAGGCACCCAAAGGAGAGAUUGCAAAACCUCUCAUCUAGGCACAAAGAGAGCCCUACUGCUCUGUACCGUUUUCUACUGUACUUGUUACCUGGGACUUACACAAGUACACUCUGAAGAUGUGGACAUCCUCCAAAAGUUGGGGCUUCAGGGAGAUAAGCCAUCACGCUCCACACCUGCUGGGGUCAUUCCCUUCAGAUCCGGAAUCAUCCUCAACCAACUGGCGCACAUCGAGGGUCCACUGCACUCCAUCUGGCCGACGGGGGUCUGGAGCGACGCCGCACUGGUCCUGAGCGUGCGCUCGCACAGAGUCAACAACGCUUUCCUCUUCAGCCUCCUCUCGGAGAAGAAGAAGCUUCUCCUCGGCCUGCAGCUUGUACCGGGCAGUCUAGUCCUCCACACGGGACCGAACACCUCGGUGGCGCUGCCCUACGAACCUCACGACGGCCAGUGGCACCAGCUGGCGGUGGGAAUUAAUGGACAGAAAGUGACUCUAUAUGCCUCCUGCGGAGCGCAGAGUGUUCAUGUGGACUUUGGGUGGGGCAGUGGCGAGGGACUGGCCCCGGAGCGCCGGGGCUCCUUCCUGCUGGGCCGUUCAAGCCGACAACAAAUUUGGGCGCACUUUGAAGGAGCCAUCUGCCAGUUUGACCUGAUCCCGUCUGCCCAGGCAGCUCACAACUACUGCAAGUACAUUAAGAAACAGUGCAGGGAAGCCGACACGUUCAGGCCUAAUCUCGCACCCUUGCUGCCCGUCUUACCGCGACAAAUCAACGCGUCGUCCACGGCCGCCCCCAAACACAGUAGCCUGAUAACCAAGAAGGCCACCGGGCGCAGCCUCGCAAGGAGUGUCGCGGCUGCCGCUUCUGCUGUCAGAUAUGUAGCCCACGUCCAAACAAUAAAGCCCACCCCCAGGACCACUCCUACUCCUUUGCCGGGAACUGUGAUGCCGGUCACAGCUCAGCUCGGCCUCGUCUCCCCGCCGACCAAAGCCAGAACUGAAACUGUCACGGCUCCGCUCGGGACCACAGCCGCUCCGACCAAACCGCCUGCCACGGGACCCUCCACCUCUAAAACUACAAGUCAGACAACCCCCAGACUAAUUUCUCCACAUCCCACUUCUCAAAACAGAAAGGCAAUUGCCGUAACCGGAGAGAAGAAGGAACCCACUCCCACGGUUCCUUCAAGCCCAAACCCUUCCAAGAACAAACUUGACACUGGUUCAUCAGCUCAAGCUCCAGCACCAAAGAAACCGCAGCCAACCGCAGCUAAGAAAACCCCCAGUAAGCCCAAAGUCUUACCAUCCAAAGCCACCCUCUCUCAGCCUAAGCUAAAUUCUGUCAAAGUGCUUCCCUCUAAACCAGCGGUGUCCAAAGUGAACCCCUCAAAACCAACUAUCUCUAAAACCUUUGCGAAAACCGCCAAGCCUAACUCCAAAAUGGCCAUCAUGCCAACCAAGCAAGCCAGAACCACCGCGGCCCCAGUCACCCCACGACUUACUACACCUUGGGACGGUUUUGUAACAUCACCUGCCACCGACGGCUUCCAGAGCUGGGAUGUGCCGCCGACUCAGUUCUCACUGCUAGCCGGACCCGUCGGACUAAAAGGAGAACCUGGCCCGGCGGGACUUCAAGGACCUCCAGGGAGGCCAGGCCUGCCAGGGAAGAGGGGUGCUCGGGGCCCCCCGGGUCCCCACGGGAUCCCCGGCCGACCUGGUCCAGCCGGCCUCAAGGGUCGAAAAGGAGAUCCUGGCAUCUCACCCGGGCCAGCCCCUAAAGGAGAGAAGGGCGACACGGGACUCAUCGGCCCGCUCGGAAUGGUCGGUCAAGAAGGUCGAAAGGGACAAAAAGGUUACCCCGGUCCACCUGGACUCCCCGGAGAAUCUGGAGAGCAAGGUCCAGUCGGAAGCCCCGGUGCCAAAGGUUAUCCUGGCAGGCAGGGUUUACCUGGCCCGAUAGGACCUUUGGGGCCCAAAGGCGUGCGGGGUUUCAUUGGAAUCCCCGGGCUUUUUGGCCUCCCUGGACCUGAUGGAGAAAGAGGCAUUCCCGGCGAACCAGGCAAGAGGGGCAAGAUGGGUAGGCCGGGCUUUCCGGGGGACUUCGGGGAGCGGGGACCGCCCGGAGCAGACGGAGAACCAGGCCAGAUGGGAGCCCCCGGUCCAAAUGGAGUUGUCGGACUAAUUGGUGACAUGGGACCCGUUGGCGAGAUGGGCCUUCCUGGACCUACCGGACUGAAGGGGGUUCCCGGAAAUCCAGGAGAACCAGGACUGAAAGGUGAUAAGGGUGACAUCGGGCUUCCCGGCGAGCAAGGCGAGAUCGGGUUCAAAGGAGACAAGGGCAUCCAGGGCGCUUCAGGACCGCCUGGCCUCCGUGGGAAACCAGGACCGCAGGGUAGUCCGGGGGACAAAGGCCCCGACGGCGCACCGGGACCGUUAGGCCCCGAGGGUUUCCCCGGCGACAUGGGACCACCGGGAGAAAAUGGCCUCGAAGGACCAAAGGGAAAGCUGGGCACGAGAGGUUUACCGGGGCCGCAGGGUUUACCUGGCUUGGAAGGAGACGAAGGACCCGUCGGACCGUCCGGACCAACAGGAUUUGAGGGUCGACUGGGCAGAAAAGGUUUUCCCGGGAAGGUCGGGCCUGAAGGAGUGAAGGGAGAAACUGGCAUCACGGGAAAAGUUGGCGUCAUGGGAGAAAGAGGCUUAGUGGGUUUCAUCGGACCUGUGGGCGAGGUGGGAAUGGCGGGAGAGAAGGGGGACCGAGGGACGAUGGGUCUUCCCGGACCGCCUGGAGAGAAAGGCUCGGAUGGUCACCCGGGGACACCAGGGGAGACCGGGCCUUCGGGACCGCCAGGAAGACCAGGACCGCCUGGAGCGACGGGGCCAGCAGGUACCAGAGGACCCAAAGGCUUGCGGGGCGCGACGGGGCCCGACGGUCCGACGGGAGAGUUGGGGUCAGAGGGCAAGAAGGGUCCAGACGGUCCUCCGGGGAAAAUCGGCUUCCCCGGACCUCAGGGUACAAUCGGGGAGUCGGGGGAACCCGGGCCCAAAGGUUUUCCCGGCGUGCAAGGGCCGUCGGGGUCUCCGGGGGACAAGGGAAUCGCAGGCGAGCAGGGGGCGUCCGGACCACCCGGAACUCUUGGACUGUUGGGAGAAAUUGGUCAGAAGGGUCCUCCGGGUAGCCUGGGAGAACCAGGACCGCCAGGCGAGCCGGGGAGCAAGGGAGCCAUCGGCGCAGACGGGAACAUCGGAGAGCAGGGACUCAUCGGCCCUCGGGGCGAGUCAGGUCUGGAGGGAGAGGCUGGUCCCGCUGGUCCUGAUGGAACUAAGGGUGAAAAGGGCGACGUGGGCCAGGAGGGCGACAACGGCGAAAAGGGCGAAACUGGUCUGAAGGGAAAGGAGGGCCCACCCGGAAGUCCCGGAAUCCCCGGAGUCAGAGGCCAAGAAGGGAAAUCUGGUAAAAUUGGAGAAAGAGGCAAACUAGGACCAAAGGGCGCCAAAGGCCACCAAGGUCACCUCGGGGAGACCGGGACAGUGGGCAAGACCGGACCGCAGGGCAGCGUCGGGCCCAAGGGCUCCAGAGGGACCAUCGGACACGUGGGCGCUCCAGGCCGAAUGGGUCCACAAGGGGAAACGGGCAUUUCGGGUUAUGAGGGCCACCAGGGACCGUCUGGCCCAAUGGGACGUGCGGGACCCAAAGGUGAAAAGGGCGAGCAGGGGGACGACGGCAAGACCGAGGGUCCUCCCGGUCCCGCAGGUGACAUAGGUCCACCGGGCGACAGGGGAGAAAGGGGGGAACCGGGUGACCCGGGCUACAAAGGCCAAGUCGGCGUGGAUGGCGAACGAGGCCGAGCCGGCGCUCUUGGACUUCCUGGUCAUCCUGGACCGCGAGGCGUUCAAGGAGCCAAAGGGGCUAAAGGAGCUCAAGGUCAAAAGGGCAAAAGAGGUCAGGCGGGGGCAAAAGGCGCCCGAGGAACCGAGGGCGCGGGCGGCCCGAUCGGGCCCAGAGGCGUGGUGGGCAGAGAGGGGCAGGAGGGCGCCCCCGGGAUGGACGGGACGCCCGGAAAGGACGGCGGCAAAGGCGUGCCGGGAGAGCACGGAAAUGAUGGCGAGAUCGGCCUGCCGGGCAAAGCCGGCCCUCGCGGCAAGACCGGCGUUACGGGACUCCCUGGAGAUCAGGGGGCCUUUGGACCAAAGGGGGAGCGAGGUCUCCGCGGGCAGAGCGGACCCCCGGGCAAACGAGGCUUCCGAGGAGGGAUGGGACUUCCCGGGACGCGAGGACAAGCGGGACCCAAGGGACAACCUGGCGACGUCGGCGAAUCCGGUUUUCCAGGAAUCCUUGGAGUUUUUGGUCCAAAAGGGCCUUCAGGAGACGCCGGUCCCAAAGGCGUUCGAGGGCCGAAGGGGCCGCAAGGCGUCAUGGGCAGAAGCGGCAUCGUGGGCCCUGCGGGAACGAUUGGCCCCAGUGGAAGCGCAGGACCCAGAGGAGAGAAAGGCAGCCGUGGAGCCAUGGGAGUCCAAGGACCGAGGGGAGCUCCUGGACCUCGUGGACGCCGCGGACCACCAGGUCCAAUUCGUGUCCCCCCAUCAUUUAAAGAGGAUGGUCUUUUGUACAUGGAUUCACACAGCCAGCUCAGGAAUGAGAAUAAGCUAGUGAUGGACCUGCCCAUGCUGGACCAGGGUGCAGAGAUCUUCAAGACCCUCCACUACCUCACUAACCUGAUCCAGAGCCUCAAGAACCCACUGGGCACCAGGGACAAUCCUGCCCGCAUCUGCAGGGACCUGGACAGCUGUGAACACAGGUUCAAUGAUGGCCCUUACUGGAUCGAUCCGAACCUCGGCUGCACGUCCGACACCAUCGAAGUCACCUGCAACUUUACAGCCGGCGGACAGACUUGCCUGAAACCAGUAACUGUAUCCAAGACAGCGUUCAGCGUAGGCCGCGUCCAGAUGAACUUCCUCCACCUGUUGAGCGCCGAGGCGGUCCAGCACGUCACCGUCCACUGCCUGAACAUCUCCGUCUGGGGCUCCGGCCAGCAUUCGCCGGCUUCCCGCGGAUCCUCCGUGUCCUUCAGAGCGUGGACCGGCGAGGUUUUCGAGGCCGGAGGGGAGCUGGAGCCCGACGUGGUGGAGGAUUCCUGCUGGAUGCGAGACGGCCGCUGGCACCAGGCCCGAUUCGUGUUCCGUUCCCCGGACCCGUCCCUGCUGCCCGUGACCGACGUGCUCCGUCUGCCCGAGCCCGGCGCCGGGUCCCACUACCACCUGGAGGUCGGUCCCGUCUGCUUCGCGUGAGGCGGGAAACGUCAUCUCGGCGGAAUUCGGCUCGAUACUUCCCCUCGCCGACCAGCCUGUGCCAACCUCUCAUAGAGGGGAGCUGAUGAGGAUGAGCAGGGGUUGGGGGGGGGGUUCUUGCACUAAUGUCCUCUCAAUAGCUUCUUGCAGCUCCUCCGUGAAAUGAACCAAAGCAUAAAAAAAAAUAUUGGCCUGCACCGUCUCUCUGGAACAUUUCCAAGUGAAGGGACGCCUGCUGGCCCAAUCAAUCAGAUUCCAAUUAUAUAUAUAUAUAUAUAUGAAAAAAAAACUUAUUUUUGUAUACAUUCCGUAUACCACCUGAUUUUAUUUUUUGCGUAACAACAACAAGAAGAAACAAAAUCCUUUCUGAAAUCCUACGAGAGAAAAAUAUCAUUAAGCAAUGUACAUAUAUGUUUUCUUAUUCUUAUGAUUAUCUUUGUUUUGGUUUUUUUUUAAUCUUAUUUUCAAGUGCAAUAGAAGAGAAGAUAAUAUUCCAGGUUCAACUGAAAUGAGAGGAGGCCAGUGAGUUUUUAUUUGAUUUCAUUUCGGUGCUCAUCUCCUUCCGAUAUUACUCAUGUAGUUUAUUUUUAUUAUUAUUAUUAUUAUUAUUUGUUUUGUUAUAUUGUUCAGGCAGAAAUCACGUGUGUAUUUAUUAGUGUGCACUCCAAAAGGGAGAAAAAAAAGACUUAUUAUAGAUGCCACUGAUGUGAAUAUCUGCAUCUUUUGCAAAGAUAAUAUCCAUAGGGAAAAAAAUACAUAUGGCGCUUUUGUUCUCUUGAUUUAUUUUUAUUUUGGGGGGAGUCAAAUUGGGAUCUUUCAUCCACGCAAAUUCUUUAAUAAUCGAUGAACGAAAGGUGCUAAUCAUAAUGCUGUAAUUACACCACUCUGCUGUCAUAUUCUGUUGCUCAUAGUGCAGGCUCGCUUGCAGUAAAAAAAAAAAAAAAGAUAUAUAAAUAGGUAUUAUUGUUUGAGAUUAUGUAAUUGUAGUUUGCAGACAGUCGUCCUGUUGGUUAUGAAAAACAUCUUACGUUGUUAGUAGCAACCACAGUGUUUUUUUUAAUAUAUUUGAUUUUUUGUUUUUUUUUGUACAAAGCGCCCCAUGCAGCAGCUGUGUAUGUAAUAGUCAUGAAGAAAAACAUUUUUGUAUACCGUGGAGCCCCCUCUUUACUAAUUUAAUUUUAUUUAAUUUCUUGAGCGGCAAAUAUCUUUUUACUCUCCUUGCAGAAUACCUUUCUAUAAAUAUAUAUAAAUAGCAGUUGGCCCAACUGGUCUUGGAGUUUAUAUAUAAUUUUUUUUUUUCCCAUACGUGUACAUUUUGGGGCUCCAGAGAACAAAUUGAUCGCAAUAUAAAUGUCUUUGUUUGUUUCUCUAUGAUAAUCCAACAUGUACUGUAUCAGGUGCUAUUCUAUUCUGUUAAGAAAAAAUAAUGCAAAUAUGUGAAGUGUUUUUUUUUCCUUGUUUUGUAAAAUUUUUUUGUGGCCAUGGAAGCAAGCUGAGAGAACCUGACAUUUUGCGCAAUAACCGUGCAAAAGGUGAAUAAUAAGGUUUCCAUUUGUCUUUGUGAAUACAGCCAGCAUUUUUGGGGAAUAUAAUAAUUUGAAUCAUGAAGUGAAACUAUCUCACGCUGCAAACGUUAUCGGUCUCUGUUCGGCGUUCCAUUUGUUCAAUAAAAAAAACUUUUCAAUUUG